AUGUCCCAGCUGGUGGCCGCCGGGGGCGCUGUGGGCUUGACGGCGCUCGUAUCGUGCGCGGCAGAUCGCCUGGCCGAGCAGCGUGUCGCGCUGGACGCCGUGCAGGCGGAAGAGCGUCUGCCAUCCUGGCCGCCUCCCUCGCCGCUACUGCCCCAGCCGCGGCCACGGCCCAUGCUGCACAUAUACUGGCCUGCCGAUGCGCGUGCGCCCGGGACCGUGUACGGUUGGUCGACGCACGAGGUGGUGGUGGUAGCCUGCGUGCAUCCAGACACUGAGCCACGAGCGUGGACGCAUAUGCCGCGUGUGCGCGCCCUGGGACGAUGUGUGCGAAUGCAAGACGAAGCCAACGAGGAUGCCUGGCUCCUAGUCCGACUGGACGCGCGCCACAUGCCGCACAUGAGACUGCGCAGCUCGGCAGACAUAUGUAUGCUGCUGUAUACCCCGCCGAAUGUGCUGCGAGGCCAGUCGCUCGAGUUGGAGCGCGCUACGAGCGCGCCCUACACGCGUCUCGAGCACCUCUUAGCGAUGGACGCCACACGACGAGAUGCCAUUCGCUCAUCCUCGGCCCGUCUGUCGACGGCCGUGACGUACAUGAACGUGGCGUCGUAUGCGUGUACGUGCACGCCUAUACCGAAACAGCGCACACGCGUUGGCUUUCCUCGUCUCGAGAUGCUGCGGCGCGCGUCGGCGUACUCGCUUCUGUGCUGUGCCCUGUACCGCCGUCUGCGGGGCUGGGGCGCGUGGUGCGAGUACCGUACACUGUGGAACGCUGUGCGGCAUGAGCUCAAGUACGACGGACGCUUACAGAGCCAGGAGGCGAUGCAAAAGGCCAUGCACGCGUGCUGGUCAGCGUGGCUCAUGACGCUCGUCGACGUGGCACUGGGGUGCCUCCUCGCCGGCGUCAUGGAGGCACACAGCGCCAAGAUCCAUCGUGCGAUCGUGGGGGGACUGGCGUGCGUCGGACAUGCCUCUUUCCACGCCCUCUUCCACUGGCUCGCGCACUGGCCGCUGGGCAUCAAGCUAAACGAUGAGCUGGCCCUCUUCUUGAGUGAUGCGCUCGGCAGCGUGUCAGCGCUGUACACGUACGUGGUGCUGGAACCAGCUGCGGCUCACAUCCCCUCUGCGCUGCGGGUGUGGGCGUGGACGAGCUGCUUCGGCGCGUCCAUGGCCCUCGGUGUGGGGGCUGAUGCACUUCGGGUAAGCACGGUGCAUGUGCGCCUGAUGUACGGCGUGCUUCGGCGCGUGCUGGCCUUCUUUGUGGGUGCGGCGAGUGAGCUAUUUGACGUGUUUCGCAGCCGGAAACGCAAUCCGCUGCACGGCGGGCGUCUCGACCACGCUGAGCACGAGGUGGACCAGCUGUUUGUCGGCACGAUUCUGUUCACACUGCUGGCGUUCCUCUUUCCCACCGUGCUCUUGUUUUACUGGGCAUGUGCUGCGCGCUAUUUUGUGGUGCAUGCGACGCAUACGACUCUCGUCUGUGUCGUGAGUAUGCUGUACGACAUGCCGCUCUACACGCUUCUCAUGCGGUUCUGGGACGCGGCGAGCUUGUCGGAUGGCCUUGUGCUGCAGACGCGAGGCGUGAUCCGCCUACAUGCGCGGCCUAUAUCUGUGCGCGAUGCAUGUCGGCCCGUGGGCGUGCAUGUCAUGCGACUGUCGUACUUGGUGCGCGACGCAUACCACAUGCUACAGGGGAUCCGAUUAGCACCUACAUGA